AUGGUUUCGGUGGCAGAGUUAGUCACGAAAUUGCAUUCCAAUAUUGAUGAAAUCCACAAGACUAUCGCUUUAAUUAGCGAUACUUCGAAUCAUGAUGCGGAAAUUACACGGUUAGAAAGAGAUCGCGAUGAACAGCUUCAGCAAUUGAAGAUGGCUCAUGAAGUUGCAAUGAAAGAACGAGAGGAAGCACGACUCAAACAGGAACAAGAGAUCGAGGAACAAAUCAAGAGAGAGGAAGACGAGAUAAUAGAGAGGAGGAAACGUGAAGACGAGGAGAGAAAAUUGAGAAUCGAGACUGAAGUGAAGGAGAGAGAAAAGGUAAGGCAAGAGGAGGUAGAGAAGAGGAAGGCUGAAUUCCAAAGUCAACAUAAAGAAGUUGAGGAUGGGAUCGAUGAAGAAAUAGAAAGGUUGGAGGAUGAGUUAGAGCAACAAAUGAUAGAUGGACAAAAAGCUCUGGAAACUUUAGAUUCUGCGAGAAGGGAAAUCAACAGACAAAUUGACGAGCAGCUCAACAUUCCGACUGUAUUACCGAAAAUUCAAUACAAGAGCCGCAGAAAGGUUGUACUGAAUAACCAAGAGCCAGAUUUAAAAUCGGACAAUCAGAACAACAAGGGCACGGAGGAGGAUGCAGAAAAAAAUCUGGUUACAAGCGAAGAUUUAAGUCAUGAUGUGAACGAGCACAAAGAUGAAGAUCCUCAGGAUAACGUAGCUGAUACUAAGGACAGUGAAAAAGACGUUGUGGUAGAGCCAAAAAAGGACUUAGAAGUUCAACCAGAUUCCUCACUUCCAGAGGAGGGUGUUCCCAAAGAGCAAGAGACACGAUCACCGAAUCUUGAGAAUAUUGAAGAAUUAUCACAGCCUAUCGAAGAAACCUCUAGCUUAGUCCCCGAGGAGCAGCACAUCGAGCUUGAAGAGGUACAUCAAGCUGACCAGCAACCCGAAUUUGAUAACAUUGCGCAAGGUAGUCAAGAUCAUUCUGAACCAGAAGCAUUAGAGCCUGUAGAAGAAAUGACCAAGGAGAUUGAUGACGCGCCUGAGCCUUCCCAAGAGGAUACAUCUGUUGGGGCUGAUGAUACCCUAAAGGAAUCAAUUGACUUGACUCAGUCAAUUGAUGCUCCACAAAAUGAGACCAGUGACAAUCUAAAGCAAGAUCAUGUAUCUCAAGAACCGGAAAUGAUCAAGGAUCUUAUCGAAGAUAGCCAAUCAACCGAAACUCCUCACGAAGAUGAAAACGACGAUUCAAAGCAAGACAACAGUCUGAUGGAGGCACCAAAAGAAGCCGAGACUGUUCCAGUGCUUGACCCACAUGAAUCUCCCGAAGACAGAGCAGCCAGAGAAGAAAUAGCUAAGCUGAAUGAGGAAAUUCGACGUGCUAUGGAGGAGGAAGCAAAUGAAGCAAUGGUUCCUCAUCUGGAAGCCAAGGAUGUUCCUCCGAAUGCGCAAAUUACAGAAUCGCAAGCGCCACAUGUUCAAGAAAUUGUUGAGGUUGAAAAUAUUACCAAUGAAAACGAUUCAGAGGACAAAGACCUCGCGGAAGAACAUACGUCAUCUCAAGACGACAGCACACUAGUCGCCGAGCCCUCCGACAUUCAGAAUGAAAAUGAUGACUCUGAAUCAAUAACAACUCUCGAGACAGUAGAAGUUGAGAACGUCCCAAAAAAUCAAGUUGUCUCUGAAAGUAAUGAAUCCGACCACGAAAAAGAGUCUCUCGAACCAGAAGUACAAACGGACGAUACAACACAUGAUCCAGCCCAGAUUGAAACUGCAGAGCAACUUUCAGCUGAGGAGCUUUCACUAGAGAAAGCAUCAAAUGACAAUCUUCCACUUGAGGAUUAUGAAGCACCACGACAUGAGACAUUGGCUGUCGAUGAAUCUCCGAAUGAACCCCAACACAGCACAAUUGAUGAGAUGCCCCUGAGCUUGAAUAACAAGGCAAUCUUAACUCCCAUGCAUGAUGAAGAGUUUGCCACUGCUUCCAAUGAUCAGGGUAACUCAGAGAUAGAUAAUGGAGAUGAUUUGAUGUCCAAGGAGCCUGUAAUCCCAAAUAAACAAGGAGAUACGAAUCAAGCAUCAAUUGACGGGGAGGAAAUCCAGGAUGAACCGGAGCCGGUCCACAAUGAUGAUUCAGAUUUUCUAAAGGAAUCCGUGGAAGAAGCAAUUGAGACCCCACUCCCGGAGCCAGCCGAUACAGAGGUUGAUCAACUAGAUGAGGCACCAGAGAUCACUCAUGAUGACUCGGAAUCUGCCAAUAAAAGUGAAAAGAUUGCACCUGAGGAAUCUGAAGCCAAGGCAAUUCUAACGCCACUGCCAGAGCCAGUAGAAUCAGAGAGCGAUGAGCUUAAUGAGGAACCAGAACUAGAGUCUGAGCUCUUGUCAAACGAUCUACCAGAAGUUGACAAAGACCAAGAGGAAGCUAUCGAACCAACAAAUACUGCAGAUGCUAUUUCCGAAAUUUUACGUAAUUCGAUUGAAGACACACAGCCUACUAUGGCCGAGCAAGAUAUUGCUGGCGAAGAGUCCACAGAUGCCAAGGCGUCGGAACACGAGAACGAAUCUAAAGAUGAGAACGUUACUCCAGACCAAGAUCACACCGAGCAAAUCAAAGAGUCUGAAAAGGACCUUGAAGAUACUGCAAGCACUGAUUUCAACCCUGAAGAUGCCGAAACUUUGGAGAGCGUAAACGCUCCCGAAAAAAAGGAAGCUUUGCCAGCUGUCUCACCAGAAGUGGGAGAGGCGAGAAGCAUCCCCAAUGAAACAUUCCCACAGCCAACUCCGGAUGUGGAUAAGGACAAUGAUGUUGUCGACGAAGCUACUGAUCCGCCGCAAGAAGAGCAUCAUGUCGAGGAUCCUGAAAUUGGUUCUAUUUCAAUCCCUGCAACCGACUCCAAUACAAAUCACGAAAUGGAGUUAACUGAAAGUCGUGAUAUCGCUUCAGAAGAUACCAUCGAAGAGACCGAGAUAGUUGCCGAGCCGGUUAUUACCGUCCCAGAACAAAUCCAAGAGGCAGUUGAGUCUCCUGAUGCUGGUGCACGUGAUCUGGACGUACCAAUCGAAGGCGACGUAAAAACAGACGAGAGACCGGAUGAAGAAGCUCCUGAUAGCAAUUCAAAUGAGAUCUCGCAGAUCAUUGAUGAUACUGUUCAAUUGCCAGGCCACAUCAAGUACCGAAUUGAUGAGUCGGCUGCUGUCCCGCAAGAGAAUAGCAAUGCACCAGAGAGUGAGCCCGCCACCGAAGAACAGGGGACGGUCUCCGAGAUGUCGGUUCCUGACACCGAGGAAGAAGGUCUAAAGCUCGGUCAAGAGAGCGAAGAACCGCUGGCAGAGGCUAACAGUACUGUGCAAGUACCAAUACUUGAAGAAACACCCACACCUGGCCCUGAAGAGUUCGAAGGCACUGGAGAAGCAGCCUUGAAUCUUGAUGUUGGGUCACCACUUCCUUCGCCCACAAUUCGACAGACUGCUGGUGAUGAUGAUGAAAGUUCCCAAUUAGGUGACGUGGCUCAACAAGAGAAUCAUGUGGAUUCAAAUGAAAUGAGCCACGAAGAAAAUCCUGAGAAUAGUAAACCGUCUCCCUCUCACAUGAUCGAAAGUGUGGAACCAAUUACAUCAAGUCAAAUACCAUCUGAGGAUAUUCAAAGGUCGGAAAAAGUGAUUGAGACUGAGCGAUUGACUUCGGAAAAUGAGGCGCCAAUACAUCAACAGGUUGAAGAAGACCCAGAGCAGACAAAUGAUGAUAUUGUGGAGGCUCAAGAGCAUCUUGAAGACAGGGAACUUCCCACCACUUCUAUUGAGGAACCAGUGUAUCCUGCUGAUGAAACACCAUUGAAAGAGAGCAUAGUAGAACCUGAAAGCCAACAAGAUACAAAUUCCGCGCCUGAGACCAUUACCACGGUACCAGAGAUAUCUACCCUGGAGAGCUUGAAUAGCGAAGCAUCUGAAGUGCCGUCUGAGGUAGAACAGAUAAAUGCCGAGAGACACAACGAUAAUGAGAAGAGCAGAGUCAAUGACGAAAGUGCCGAAGCUAUUCAUGAAGAAAGAGGGUUCGACGAGACACAAGACCAUCACAUUGAAGGGUCCAGAGAAACUGACCAGCCUAUCAAUCUUGAGACAGAAGAUGAGUCACACAUAAGUCCAAAUGACUCAACAAAUUCUGAACCCGUCCACGACGAACCAUUAACUCAAGAGAAUGAACAGCUUUCUGCUUUCGAAUCAGAACAAAUCAAAACUAGGCCGGAAUUGAGAGUAGUUAAUCCAGACAUUCUUCCUCUACCUCAAGAAACACAACACGAAGAUCCUGAAGAUGUUCGUGCUAGAGAGGAGAUUGCUCGUUUGAACGCAGAGUUUAUGAAAGCUGUCGAGGAGGAACAAGCUGCUGAACAAGAGAUUAAAUCUGUUGACAUGAGCACUGAGAAGAAUAGCAAUGGUAUGGACAAAAGUGAACUUGUUGAAGCGGAGCAAGAGAGACCAAGAAGAGAGAGUGUCGAAGAUAUGGCGGCGAGAGAAGAAAUUGCCUUGUUAAAUGAGCAAAUGAAAUUGCUUAGUCAACAACAAGAGAGUGGGGAUAAAUCUGCUGAAAUUGAGGGUGAAAAGGAAGAGAGCCAGGUUGUCAAUGAAAACAAACCUCAAACACUCGAAGCGGAAGAGUCGUCGAGUACCCUGACCGAAACCCCUCAAAAUGAAGAACAUACGGAAGAAGAAGAUUUCCAUACCGCACUCAUUCAGCAAGAUGAACAUUUAAACCCUUUCGAACAAGCAGACGCAGUACUGAGCGAGGAACAAAGUGCCGAGUCAACCACAGACGAGCCAAAUGAGAAAGUUGAAGCUUUACAGUAUGAGCAUGAAGAUCGCAAUCCACAAGAUUCGGGCUCAGAAGGUGAAAGGACCGAGCAAGGUGAGGAAACAGAGAAUUAUUCUGAAAGCGAAAAUGAAUGGGAUCAAUCCUCAGAAGAAGAAGAGGGGGGUCCGCUUCCUUAUCUUGAGACUAUCCGGGAAGAAUCACAUGACGGUGCCUCCCGUGUCGGCGAAGAUCACGAGGAUGAAGAUGAAGAAUACAUGCCCAAGAGUAGAUUCUUCCAUCCACAUUGGCAAUAUGAGGACUCUGUUGAUGAGGAUGGAUUGAAAGAACAAAGAGACAACAACCCGUUAGUAUCAGAGUCAGAAAAUCCAGCUAUCAAAGAAAUCUCCACAGAGAUCCUUCAAGACGAGCUUGACCAUCCAAGCGGAUCCAAUCUUGAGGUUUCAAAUUCUGGGCCAAGCAAAAGACCACAGACACCAAUGGCAUUGAUGUUUGGCUCCGAUGUCAAAGAAACAGAGUCACCUCACGAAGUCAGCGGCACAGAUAUUUUGAUCGAUGGCAGUCCAGAAGCACUAAUUGAAAACGCAACUGCUUCUAAUGCUACGGAUCUACCACGAGUGUUGGAGCCAAGUCCUGACAUUGAGGAAAAUCGUGGAAAGUCCGAGCCUGUGGAAGACGAAGAUCUUGUCGAAAAUAACAACCUCACUCCAAAACCUAAACCUCGACGUCCAGCAUCGUUGUAUCACCGAAAUAGUGACUUGAGUCCAGAACAUGAGGCAGUAUUCUCGAGAGUCUCCCAAAUCAGAAGCAGUCUAACACCUUCACCGGAACCACAUCAGUCACCUGUAUUGAGUCCUAGGUCAAGAUCUGAAAGAUUUCCACCAGAUGAACACCGAAAUUACUUGGAUGCCUCUAUCAACAACGCUUAUAAUGGUUGGGGAUAUUCUCAAGACGGUGAUCAGCAACAAGAUUACAGAACUCAAUUGAACAACGAUAAUGGUCGUAACCGUUCUCAUACAGUUGAUACAGUUCCAUCAUUUGAACAUUAUGCAUCAGAUGAUGGUGAAUCAGGUCCUCCAACUCCACCUCAACAACCACACAUUAGUCAGAUGAUGUCAACGGAAUUCGAAUCUUCUGAAGGAUGGUCACAUCAAAAUGAUGAUACCCAGGAUGAUUCAGCAAAUCAAGAACAAAACCUUGAUGAAAUUAUCAAAUCUCCUAAUCUACAAGAUGCCGCCGAAUUUGAUCCUUUCAACCCACAAGAAUACAAAUCUCCAAUUCCAAGUCCUUCACAUUCAUCUUCAUUUCACAUAAGCAACGUGCAUAUAGAUCAAGAAUAUCCUCCAGUCCUAGCACCGACUCCACCAUCACUUAUCCCUCCCGAGAAGAUCUUGAGCUCUAAUGCACCUGCAUCAACCCCAAUAUUCACGGCUCAGACUCCAACUCAGACCGAAGAAAAAUCGACUUCUCAACUGCCACCAAAUCUCCAUUCCGUUCCUUGGACACAGUCAGAAGAUCCCGCCAAAACUGCAGCCACAGCUCAAGAAAAAGAAACCGCAUCCCCACAACGUAAUCCAAGACCUGUUAGUUCCAUCUUCGCUAGAACACGCUCUCUAUUCGAAGCAGGAGCAAAUGAUUCAAGUCCACCUCCUAAACCGAGACCGCUUUCCGGAAUGAGCAUUUUCAAUGUUGGUUCACCGAAUCGUUCGAAUACACCGGUUCAAACCAGACCACAUAGUCUUUCGGUCUCGAGCCUGAGAAGCAGGAGUGAGAGUUUGUCAAAGCGAUCGAGUUUGAGUUUUGGGGAAAACGCGAAUGUGAAAGCGGAUGCAAACGCGAAUGCUAAUGUGAAUGCCAACGUCAAUGCAAAAGAUGACUAUGAUCCAGAUACAGAUGCAGACUUCCUGCCAAAGAGUUUAGAUGGCGAUGGAAGAUUGCCUAGUCCGGCCUUUGGAUUACCGGGGCAUAGAAGUAGUGGAAGUUUUGAUAGGGGGAAACUAUAUGGAGAUGAAGAUGAUCCCUAUUUUACAAAUGGUGGGGAUAAGGGGAGUGCGGGAUGGAUGGGAGGUUCAGGAGUAGGGGGCAUGAGGGGUGCGGAGAGGGAGCCUCUUUUGAAGGAUGGAAAUUGA